CCCGUAAGCCCUCUUUCCAACCCGAACUGCCAAGAUGCCGGGUAUCAGUGUCAAAGACGUGAACCAACAUGAAUUCACCAAGGCACUUGCUGCCUUUCUGAAGAAGUCUGGCAAGAUGAAAAUCCCUGACUGGGUCGACAUCGUUAAGUCGUCAAUAUACGCUGAAUUGGCCCCUUACGACGAGGACUGGUACUACACAAGGGCAGCUUCCACCGCCCGACAUCUGUACAUCAGAGCGCCAGUUGGUGUGGGUGCUUUCACAAAGAUAUAUGGUGGUCGACGAAAUAAUGGAACUGCCCCGAGCCAUUUUUGCCGCUCCUCCCCGUCAAUAGCAAGAAAUGUUCUCAAGUCGCUUGAGAAUCUGAAACUUGUGGAGAAGGAUGCUAAUGGUGGACGACGAUUGACCAGCCAGGGCCGGAGGGAUCUUGACCGAAUUGCAACACAGAUCAAGGCUAAGUCACGAAAGCAGCAGGUGGUCGUGCAGGCUUAGAUAUUUAUGUACAGAAGGAAGUUGUAAAAUAAAAAAAGAAAGAAAUUACAA